CAUUAAAUUUAUGAUUAAUGAUCGUAAGAUUAUUUUAUGUUUACAAGAUUUAUGGUGGCUCGAAAUCUGUUCAUCCACUAGUCUUACAAAUUGCGUUGAGUGAAGAAGCAAGUGGACUUACAUGAGGCCUUCCCAUCAACUUGCCUUUUGGAUUGUUUCAGACUUGUAACAAGAUGAACAAGAAAGAGUUGAGAAUAGUGUGCAUUAAAUAGCUUAAGGACAUAUCUUUGGAGAUAGAUCCUCAAAUCAUUCUCGGGAUUCAUUUCAUAGAUUAACAAUGUUCAUAGAUUCUUCCCUAGAUAUUUUCUCUUCUGCUAAUUUUGGAUAUUACACCAGUGACAAAAUUUCCAACUUGUUUGCUGAUUUCUGUUGCUUUUCUAUAGUAUUCUCUAAUUGGAGUUCGAACUGUUAAUUAUGGACGAUUUAGCACUUGUCACAUAUUACUGUUUUAGUCCACACAGACUUAGAUGCUUACAUUACCGUAACAGAUAAUUGUGUAUGUUAAAAUCCCUAGCUAUUGAUGAGGCAGAGUGUUAUUCAUCAGCUUGACUAAGCAAUCUUAGAUGAAUUUAUUAACAGUUUGGUGAAGAAGGUGAAGGGAUUGGGAAGUCAGAACUGUAAGGAAAAUGGAUCAUGGUUGGGGAGAUGGGUUUGAUCAGUAUCCCAAUGGGUUUUUGGAGAUGGAAGAUAUUCAGAUACCUUGUUUGUCCAAUGGAGAAAACAUCUUAAUGGAGCCCUCAGAGAUGAAUCUACCCAUGUUGAACAGAAUCCAUAACUCUGCUUUUAAUCCACAGAAGGGUAUUCCAGAUUGGUCUGAAAUUCCUUUUCUACAAUCUGACCAUGGAGAGCAGAUGAGAGAGUUUACAGAUUUGGAUUAUGCUUCACAUUUUCAAGCCAGUCAAAUAUGUAAUGUUAUGCAGCCCAUUGAAUCAAAUGUUGCAGGGUCUCUCAAGUUAAGACAUUAUAACUCCUUAAGUUCUGUUUUGUCUGAUAGUUUUUCUGGUGACAUAUAUCAGUUGAAUGAAUAUGCUCAGGAGCAGGAAAAAGGGAUAUCUCAGUGUAAAUCUUACAAGAGGAAGUGCCCUCAGAGAAAUCCAGUUCAAAGAGAGACUCACAUUCUUGCAGAGAGACAGAGAAGGGAAGAGAUGAAUGAGAAGUUUUCUGUGUUGAGGUCCAUUAUUCCGAAGUUGUCAAAGAAAGAUAAGGCAUCUAUAGUCACAGAGUCCAUCAAACAUUUGUUAGAACUGGAGAAGAAGGUCAAGGGUCUUCAGGCUCUCAAAACCAUCAAGGAAAAAGAAGGCAAGCUCAGUAGGACUAAAAGCUUUUCUUCUACAGCCCGCCUUGGUGGAUUUGCAGGAAAAGUUGAAAGUUCCAGACUGAACAGAUCAAUGGAAAAUAAAAAAGAGUCUAAUCAAGAUAUUGGGACAUUUUCCAGGCAUUUUGGUGAACGCAACAGGGAUGGGCACUCAUCUGAGAUUGAAGUUCAGAGCUUUGGCAGACAAGCUGUCAUUAAAAUUCUUUGUCCCUGGAGAUCAGGAUUGGUCCUCCAAGCUCACAAAGUUCUUGAUAACUGCAGAGUAGAUGUUCUGCAAUCAACAAUGGCCACAAGUGGAGGAAAAAUGGUGUACUAUAUAACUAUUGAACGUAUUGAAGGCACACAGAGCAUAGAUGACCUGAUGAAUGCUCUUGAACAAGCUUUAUGUAACAUGUAAACUUAAAGUCUUUCAGACAACUAGAGCAGUCUUGAACACAUUUCUGUUUUGAUAAGAAGAGGCAAAGAGUUAGAUCCUAUAAUUCAAGGUUGAAAAAAUUCAUUGUUUCUUGAUGCAUGUAUGCAUUAGUUGUCAGGGCCUAUAAUCUUAUCUUUUUAAAAAAAUAAAAUAAAACAUGUGUAAGAUAAUAUCAUUUGGUUGUAUAUUAUUCUUAAAUAAAAGACAUGAGAGAAAUUGAUUU